AUGCAGCGCCGGGACGACCCCGCCGCGCGCAUGAGCCGGUCCUCGGGCCGCAGCGGCUCCAUGGACCCCUCGGGUGCCCACCCCUCGGUGCGUCAGGCACCGUCUCGGCAGCCGCCGCUGCCUCACCGGUCCCGGGGGGGCGGAGGAGGGUCCCGGGGGGCGGCCCGGGCCUCGCCCGCCACGCAGCCGCCGCCGCUGCUGCCGCCCUCGGCCACAGGUCCCGACGCGACGGUGGGCGGUCCGGCGCCGACCCCGCUGCUGCCCCCCUCGGCCACUGCCUCCGUCAAGAUGGAGCCGGAGAACAAGUAUCUGCCCGAACUCCUGGCCGAGAAGGACUCGCUCGACCCGUCCUUCACUCACGCCAUGCAGCUGCUGACGGCAGAAAUUGAGAAGAUUCAGAAAGGGCUUUCAAAGAAGGAUGAUGAGGAGAAUUACUUGGAUUUAUUUUCUCAUAAGAACAUGAAGCUGAAGGAACGAGUACUGAUACCCGUCAAGCAGUAUCCCAAGUUCAAUUUUGUGGGGAAGAUCCUUGGACCACAAGGGAAUACUAUCAAAAGACUGCAAGAAGAGACUGGUGCAAAGAUCUCUGUGUUAGGAAAGGGCUCAAUGAGAGACAAAGCCAAGGAAGAAGAGCUGCGCAAAGGUGGAGACCCCAAAUAUGCCCAUUUGAAUAUGGAUCUGCAUGUCUUCAUUGAAGUCUUUGGACCUCCUUGUGAGGCUUAUGCUCUUAUGGCACAUGCUAUGGAGGAAGUCAAGAAGUUUCUCGUACCAGAUAUGAUGGAUGAUAUCUGUCAAGAGCAGUUUCUAGAGCUGUCCUAUUUGAAUGGAGUACCAGAGCCCUCUCGAGGACGUGGGGUGCCAGUGAGAGGCCGGGGAGCUGCCCCUCCUCCUCCACCUGUCCCCAGGGGCCGAGGUGUUGUACCACCUCGUGGGGCUUUGGUGCGUGGCACGCCAGUGAGAGGAGCCAUCACCAGAGGUGCCACCGUGACUCGAGGAGUGCCACCCCCACCUACUGUGAGGGGUGCCCCAGCACCAAGGGCACGGACAGCAGGCAUCCAGAGAAUACCUUUGCCUCCACCCCCUGCACCAGAAACAUAUGAAGAUUAUGGAUAUGAUGAUACAUAUGCAGAGCAGAGUUAUGAAGGCUACGAAGGCUAUUACAGCCAGAGCCAAGGGGACUCAGAAUAUUAUGACUAUGGACAUGGGGAGGUUCAAGAUUCUUAUGAAGCAUAUGGCCAAGACGACUGGAAUGGGACCAGGCCGUCGCUGAAGGCCCCUCCAUCUAGGCCAGUGAAGGGAGCAUACAGAGAGCACCCAUAUGGACGUUAUUAA